AUGCCUAAAUUCAUUGUUAACAUAAAUCUAAGCAAGGGUAGAGUUCCAAAAUCUUUCACAGGAGAGCUCACUCAGCAGCCAUCACAAACAGUGGGCAAGCCAGCACAGUACAUAGCAAUACAGAUCUCUCCUGAUCAGGUAAUGUCAUCUGGAAGCUCCACAGAGCCCUGUGCUAUGUGCUUUCUCUACAGCAUUGGCAAGAUAGGACACCAGGAGAACAAGGUCUAUUCCAAGGUGCUAUGUGACCUGAUGAACAAACAGCUGAAAAUACCAGCUGACAGAUCUUGCACAUACACGGAAUUUGUCAGCUUCUUUGAGAUCAGUGCUGGCAACACAGGCUGCAACACCACUACCUUUGCUUGA